AUGAGCGGUAACACAGUGUUCGCGUACUCUGCGCUGAUCGGUGGCAAAAGCGUGGCACUUUCCAAAUACACCGGGUGUGUGACGGUCAUUGUCAACACUGCGUCUCUCUGCAGCUUUGGCCCCGCAAGUCUGCAGCAGCUGAUACAGAUGCAGCGGGCGUACGAAUCGCGCGGAGUCACCGUCCUGGGCUUUCCCUGUGCCCAGUUCGCCAACCAGGAGCCAAAGAGCAGCGAGGAGCUCGUCGAGUGGAAGCAAACAUGGGGGGUGAAUUUUCCGCUCUUCGACAAGGUGAAGGUGAAGGGGCCUGACGCGCACCCCUUGUUUCAGAUGCUGCAGACCACACUCGGUCCCAUACGAUGGAAUUAUACAAAGUUUGUAUGUGAUUGCGAAGGCAUUCCGCGGGUUAAACUUAACGCCUCCAGCUCUUCAGAGGAGCUGCAGCGCUCCAUCGAGCGGCUGUGCGAGCCACAACGGGGCGCAUGA